AUGCCAGUGCCGAGAAGAAAGGAUGGCAAGUUGUUCGUUGAUGCAUCUGCAUCGGUGACGUACCUCCCGGACAUGCUGCACGACGUCGUCUACCAACCAACAGAGCUCGUACGAGACGCUAUGGUCAUGUACAUUCAGAUCCGCGGUAGCCUGGCUGUGUACAAAGUCCGAGAAGACCUCGUCCGUCUCCUACGCGACCUCUGCCCAAAGGUGGAUACUACUGUUCAGAAAAUGCUGCUCGAGGCCCAAGUACCAGCACUAUUGACCCAGACUUGGCAAGCUUCUGCAAUGAUGACUCGCGAGCCGUUCAUUAAGUAUUUCCACUUCAUGAGGCGUCGGCGGGAUCAUUGGCACCAGUCACUCAAGCCCAAGCUCCUGGAGUGCGAUGAGAGCACAAGGUCGUCGUUGAACAAGUGUCUUGCACGGGUGGUGAGCUCUUACAAGACUGGCGUCGAGAUCCUGAACGGAGAACUGUCCAAACUGGAGGAGAGGUUUGCUGGAUUUGAAAAAGAAGGUCUGGUGUUGAACCAAAUCAAUGAGAAGGUCAGUGAGGCGCAGGAGGCAAUGGAGGAAGAUUUCCGCCAUCUAUGCAUGUCUUACAUGAGCUACAAGAUGCAACGCGAGACAGGGGAACGACUGAAGCUGAUGAUCGCCCAAACAUGCUUGAGGAAAGUGAGUGCGAAUGUGCAAGAUCUGAGAGGCUGGUUGGACAUCAUCAUGGAACAGGAAAGACAGGCGACUGAGCUGGCAGACGGCUUGAACGACACUCCUAUGGGAGGGACGGGCUGCUGA